AUGGAGGACCAACAUAGCUACUGUCUUACUGGAGUGCAUGUCUAUUCAUCUGAAACCGGGAGUUGGGUUCAUAAGGAGAAGAGAUGGUGCGGCACCAUUGAUGUCGCUAAUGACCGGUCAACUGUUUAUCUUAAUGGUUUUCUGCAUUUCUGUGCCAUUGUUGAUGGUUCUGCCAGUCGUCUAGCUGCAGUGGACAAGGAGGGGAAAGCAAGGACUAACUUCCGUGUUCCUGAUGGUCUGGAUGUUGGUUUUAUUCAGCUGUCACAGGGCUGCCUGCAUUAUGCUGGUUUUAACACAGAUGAUGAUGAUGAUGUUCGACUGCUUGUUUAUGUUCUUAAAGACUAUGACCACAAAGAAUGGAUACUGAAGCAUAGCGUCGAAACUUCGCAUUUGCUUGGAGGGCGACACGUAGACCUUGAUGAGGACUUCGAUUGGAUUGCAAUUCAUCCAGAAUGUGACAUGAUCUUGUUUGCUGUGGCCCAGGAGGAUAUCACAUUCAUGUGCUAUGAUAUGGAUAGUGGACAAGUUAAAGUGAUGUGCAAUCUUGAAGAUAGCAACCAGGCAUAUUUUCCGUAUGUGCCACUAUAUGAAGAGUUACAAUCAUUGCACAAGUGA